AUGAGCUGCACCUGCGCCCCACCGCCGGUAUCGAGUCCCACGUAGGAGAUGGAAGGAUAUAAAACUGGAGUGACGAGAGAGGACCAGGGGCCUGUUGCACAAAAGUAGAAUUAAGACAUCCGGGAUAAAUGACUCAGCUGAGCUCAAUAAAGCCAAAACAUGUGCGUCCAGGCUUAAUUGGUUGCACAAAGACCAAGCCAGGAUGAGCAGACACGGAUUCAUUAAGCCAGGUGAAACCAAUCCUGGAUAGGUGCGCGCUCACGGCUCACUCAAAUAGACCCCGCCACAGAUCACAGAUUAACUGAUUUACCAUGGCAACUAGAGCCGCGUACUUUUCCCCGUCGGAAGCACAAAUCCUCAUGGAGGCAUACGAGGAGGUAAAAGAUAUAAUUAAGAAGAAAGGCAACACCACCACAGUGAUAAAGCAAAGAGAAAAAGCGUGGCAAAGUAUUGCAGACCGCCUGAAUGCAUUAAACAUGAACGGGCCAAAACGGACAUGGCAGCAGGUCAAAAUCAAAUACAAGAACAUUCUGCAGAAUGCAGUGAAAAAGAAUACCCACAGACAAGGCACGGGUGGUGGGUCACCAAAGGCUGACCUUACCCCAGCAGAGGACAUGGCCUUGGAGCUAAAUAAAGGCAGGCCCGUCUUCGAGGGGAUCCCUGGGGGGAAAGAGACGAGCAUAGGUUCCUCCCAAGAUGCCACCCGCUUCAUUCAAGUGUCUGGCAGCACUGUGUUCCUGUCAGAGCCACCAGCACAAGCACCAGACGAUGCUGAUCCAGGUGAAAGCCCCAGUGCAGCAGCAACAGCACAUGAUGGAGACGAUGAUGAGGAGGAGACCAUCUCUCUGGAUUCCAGAAGGCAUGAGGACCCAGAUGCUAUACAGUGGGAAAACCAGCCUGGCAACAUAAGCUCACAAGCUAUCAGAAAGUUGUAUGGCAACCACCUCUGGCGCCAAAUAGAACUGGCAGACAUAGACAUUCAGUACAAGAAGAAAAAGAUAGAAAAUCUUGCACUGGAGUCCGAAAAAAAAAAAAGAUGACAAU